UUUCGUGGAGUUGGCACAAGAGAAAGAGCGUGAGAGAGAUUUCAACGGGACCGUAAGAAACGAUCGCUUUGGCCACGGUUCCGAUGGUCUCGGCGCUAUCAGGACCGAUUAUUCCGCAGUAACGUCUUUUCGGAGAAACACGUGCAUGUCGUGUCCCGAAGCACCACUUGGAGAGGAUUAAGGAAGGUGGUGACCGAAAACAAGUGCUCCAAUUUGUGCCGCGCGUCCAUAUGCGUGUGGGAAGUGCAAGGAGAGAGGUGUGUUGAGCGUUGAGGCGCAUUGACAAACGGGUUAGUCUGUGGCCACUACAGCAGGAGGUUGAAAGUAGGCAGUCGUGGAUUUUGUCGGUUUUGGGAUGUAGUGUGACAAGUUCAAGUUCAUGUCGUUAAACGGUGUUGAAGACGAGUUACACAUUACCGCAGCGGUCUAGUUCUGGAAAGAGGGAGAGUUGGCAAGAAUUUCAGCGCCGUCACGGGAGAACCCAAGAAUUGCAGCUGUGAGUGAGAAACCGUAAACUUACCUACUUUUUUCUGUCCUAUGUGUAAUGUAAAGAUAGUGCACUUCGAGGAACAGCAGCAGAGCAAGUGAAGCGAAGAAAAGGAACAGCGCCGCAGCGGGCUACGAACGGAAUAAAGGAUAAUUGGAUUUAAUAAAUCAUCGUUCAUUGGAUUCCCAAGUUUUCCCCAAAUCCAGGAAUACGAGUUUUGAUCGAAGUUAUUUUUUUCAGUUUCGGGGUUCAUAUAUUGGUGUUUUGUUGUUCGCCAGACAUUUGAUACGCCGCCUUACGGUUUCCUGUAACAAAAGUGAAUUUUGAGUUCAGAGGUUCGUCGCUUUAUCGGCUCGAAAGGCCAAAACGUUUCACCGAAACGUGUGAUCGGGAAUAUAUCCAGCUGCAAACUUCAUGGUGCUAUUUACUGAUACGCCUCAGUAGUGUGGUGAAGUGAUCGCCGUAAGGUACAGCAAGUGCAAGGAAUUUUUUCGUACCAAAAAGAGAAGAUAUUGCCCGGUGCAGGUGCUUGGCUUGACCAAAGGAGAUACGUGGGCUGUGCGUUGACCUAUAAGGCAACAAGUGGAAUUUCGGAUCUUUUCUGUACAGAGACGGCGAUAAGCUCCCACAAUGAGGAGCUUAAGGUGGGCUCCUGGUGAGCUGCGGGACUUCCUACGGAUAUACCUGGUGCUGAGUGUGUUUCUGUUUCACGUGGCGUCGCCCGCAAACGAAAUAUGGCCGGUAGAACGACCGGACGGUAUGCCACAGAUUACCGCCUUGGAAGUCAUGUGCGGCAAGGAUCACAUGGAUGUACAUUUGUCGUUUUCGGCUCCAUUUGAAGGCAUCGUCAGCUCAAAGGGUCAACACAGCGACCCUCGCUGCAUCUACGUUCCACCGUCGACCGGUAAGACGUUUUUCACGUUCCGGAUUUCGUACUCCCGGUGCGGUACUAAGCCCGACCUGAACGGCCAGUUCUACGAAAACACCGUCGUCGUACAGUACGACAAAGAUCUUCUGGAAGUAUGGGACGAAGCCAAGCGGCUUCGUUGCGAGUGGUUCAACGAUUACGAAAAGACGGCUUCCAAGCCCCCAAUGGUCAUUGCCGAUUUGGAUGUAAUCCAGCUCGAUUUCCGAGGUGACAACGUGGAUUGUUGGAUGGAAAUUCAGCAGGGCAAGGGUCCAUGGGCUCCGGCUGUCAGUGGGAUCGUACCGCUGGGAUCCACGAUGACGUUGGUCGUGGCGAUCAACGACUUCCGUGGAGAGUUCGACAUGCGAGUCAAGUCCUGCGUGGCUUCUGAUGGAGCUGGACACGUAAUCAAGCUCAGCGAUGAAUACGGAUGCGUCCUUCGACCGAAGAUGAUCUCACGAUUCCUAAAAGCUCGUGCCCCUGAUGAUAAGGCCUCGGUGAUCACGUACGCUUUCUUCCAUGCAUUCAAGUUCCCUGAUGCGCUGAGUGUGCACAUCAAAUGUAAGGUCGAGAUUUGUCGCCAUGGUUGCUUGGAUCAUUGCCAGCAUAGCGGAACAGCCGGUGGACCUGGAAAACUACACAGCCUACUUGAUCGCAAAGACACUCUGGACAGCCACCAGAACACUAAUGAUAUUCUGCAAGGAUCAGAUGAAGAGGAAGCUGCGUCGAGCAACCAGGACGUAUUCUACGACGACAUCAUCCACACCGACAAGAAUGCAAAUCAACCACCACCACCGCCACCUCCAGGUCCCAAGAAGCCAAUCCUGCCCCCAAUCCAGAAAAAGAAGGACAGUGGAUAUCUGCAGUACCACCACCACAACCGAGAUCCACUUGACGAGCUGGAACAACUGUUCCUCAACGACCACUCGAUGAUGCCAGCUGAGAUGCUCAAGAAGCAACCACCACCACCACCGGCUCCACAAAUGCAACACCAGCCACAUCCACAGUCUCUUCAGCAGAAACAGCUGCACAAGUCAACUCCUGAAGAUGAGAAGUUCCCACAUGGACCACGGCAGAUGGACGCUGAAAAACGAAUGGGACUCCCGGCCGUCGCAGGACCUCGCUCUCUGAACUUGGACGCUGAAGAUGUACGAAAUCCAGUUUACGUCAACGAAGUACCGAAGAAACGCGUUCGACGAUCGAUCAAGAUCACCGAUCGGAAAAUCCGCUCAACAGACGUUGGUGUCAGCGGUAUCUACGAUGUCAUUUCCGAAGCCGAUUUGGCAUUCAACCCAGACGGUAAACAGGAAGCCGUUACCGUCUUUCAGGGAAAAAUAACCGAGGAGGUUGUCUACGGCAUCUGCAUGCCCGUGCCAGGCUUCAGCAUCCUGUUCAUUUUGGUAAUUUCUGCAACGAUCAUCUCAGCUCUGAUCGCAGGAUCGCUGCUCUACCGGUAUCAACUUCAGAAGGAGAUCAUGGCCCAGCAGGCCAGUGGAGUCACCCCUAACCACCUGCCACCGAACAACUUCGCCACCUGGAUGACGCUGAGACUGUUCCGAUCGCGACAGCACCACGCAGCGGCGGCAGCGGCCGCAGCAGCCUCCAUGGCCGCUAACGGAGUUCGUGCCUCCAUGGAUGUCACCACAACGGCUCAAUGAGUCGUUACUUCUAUUCCGUAAAAAACAAUUAAAGUUCUAUCAGUAGAACAGCGGAACCCAUCUCUAUUUAUCAAGUCGAAAACGAAUCUACAUUAUUUCCACUAAAUGAAUCAUUCUUUUUCGGGUUUAUUGCAAUAUUUAUUUUACUUUAAAAACCAAUAAUCGACGAAGAGGAACGUACACUCUCAUAACCCACACAAUUCACUCACACAACUCUAGCUUGUAAGCCACGACAACGAUGACGAAGAAUAGUUAGCGAUACGAAAAAAAUCAGAACAACUAUCGACAUGUUUUUCUCUAUUGCUUUCGUUUCCCACUAGGGAAAACAAUGCUCAAAACGUCAAAACAAACCCCAUAAUUUAUGCAUUCCGCUAGACGCAAAAAAAAUCGGAAUCAAUGACACUGUGGAAUGCUCUGCUGCCGAAUCGUUAUUUGUAAGCGAUUGGCUUUGUUCCAGCAAGCAAAAACAAAGAUUACUCUAAUGAAAUGAAAAAAAAAGUAUAGUGAACAACUAUGGUAGACUUUAAUUUAUUGCAAAAAAAAAAAUAGUAGGAUUAAACCAAUCGAAAACUUGUUGACAGAAUGCCAGCAGAUAAACAAUGCUCAAUUGAUAAUUUUAAUGAAGAGGAAAAGUCUUUUGAAUUCAGAAAUGAUAAAAAGAAAAAGAAAAAAGGAAACAAAUCGUAAGUUAUUUAAUUUAUUUAAAACACUUCGUUUGUUCCACUAGUUGAUCGAUCUGCUCCGGUAGGUGUGGAUCUUAUGGAAACACGUGCCCACCGAGGUUAUCAACUACUGGAACAAUCCCUUGCAGUUGAGGUUAAGUGCUGCGUAUUGUUUAGAAGAUGAUAUAUUGGAGAGGAGCGAUACCUAGUUAAAUAGCAAAGCAACUCUGUUAUCAAUAGUUGAAACAAAUCACAGUAUUGUAUAAAAAUAA